AUGUCCGCACAAGCCUCGCUCUAUACAGAUACUAACGCUCACCAUAGAGACUCCUCCACAAACUCCGAAAUGACAAAACAACUCCAAAAGACUGGUUAUCCAAUCAAUAAGAGUUUUGUGUUCAGAAAUUGGGCGAAUAUUUACAAAAUUAAACCACAGUUUGUUCAUCAUCCAGAGUCAGAGGAAGAAAUUCAAAGAAUUGUUAAAGUAGCUGCAUUUAGAAAAGAGAAAAUUAAAGUCGUCGGAUCUGGUCAUUCACCUUGUGAUAUUUCACUCACGAAAGAUCACAUGAUUUUUCUUGACAAGUAUUCAAAAAUUUUGAAUGUAGACACUCAGAAAUUGACUGCAAAAGUUCAAGCGGGAGUCACUAUUGAACAACUCAAUACGGAGCUUUAUCACAACUACAAUAUGGCUCUUCCAGUUUUGGGAUCAAUUUCAUUUCAAACAAUCUCUGGAAUUAUUUCUACUGCAACUCACGGCACCGGAAUUAAUUUUGGAUGCAUUUCUACCAUUGUCAUUGAAUUAGAUGUUGUGCUGCCUACUGGUGAAGUGAUCACUUUGAAAAAGGGUGAUGACAAUUUUAAUGCAUUUGUUUGUUCAUUGGGUUGCUUGGGAAUUAUUUCUACCAUGACCAUUCAGUGUGUUCCUGCUUUCUCUCUCAAAGCCAUUCAAGAACCAUCCGAUCUUGACACAGUUUUAUCCAACUUAGAAAAUUUAAUUGGAAGCAGUGACCAUUGGCGAUUUUGGUGGUUUCCUCAUACAAAGAAUGACAAGUGCAUAACCAAUAGUGCCACAAGAAUUCCCAUUCAAUCAAGCAAGUCAUUUGUUGGAGACUCUGAUAAGAUUGGUUUCUUUGGAAAGAUCAAGAAUUUUUUGGUGGAUCGGUUAUUGGGAUUUUAUUCAUUGGAGUUUGCCUUAUUUAUUUCAAAAUUUUUCCCUUCACUUGUUCCAUGGAUUAACAACACUUGGUUUUCCUUACUAUUCAGCAGCAAAACUGAAGUGACAGAUGUGAGCUUUAAAGUAUUCAACUUUGAUUGCCUCUUUAAACAAUUUGUGAACGAAUGGGCCAUUCCUAUUGAAAACACCAAAGAAGCUUUAAUACGAAUUCGUAACAUGAUACAAGAAUCUAAACUCAAUGUUCACUUCCCAGUAGAGGUACGAUUUGUGAAAGCGGAUGAUGUUUGGUUAAGCCCUUGCUACGGAAGAGACACAUGUUAUAUUGGCAUUAUCAUGUACAGACCAUAUGACUUUACAAUUCCUUAUCAGAAAUAUUUUGAAGAAUACAACAGAAUUAUGUUGCAAUUGGGAGGCAGACCACACUGGGCUAAAUUAGAUUUCAAAUUGGACUUUGCCAACAUGUACCCAAAAUGGCAAGAUUUUAAGAAUUUGAGACAAGCCUUAGACCCUAACGAUGUUUUCUCUAACGAUUAUAUCAAAAGAUUGGAGUUGUAA